AGUGAGCGGUGAGAGAGAGAGGAUCGCUGUGUUAAUGUGUUGCCUCCGCUGUGUCGGGGAGUUUGACAGGCAGUGUUAGAAUGAUGUGAUCUGUGCAGUGGGAAAUAACUAUGGUUGAUAGCACGCUUAUCGAGGGCGCCCUCAAAUUCAGAGAUGGCAAGAAGUGGAAACAACGCUGGGCUGUACUGGACAAACUCUCCCCAGUUGCAGACGUGUUGCAACUUCAGCUCUACCGGGACAGCCGAGACAGGGCCAAGGGUGCCGCCACGAAGGCCUCUUUGGCACUGCAGAACGUCCUGGCCCUUGAAACUGGGUUUACGUUGGACAAGGAGAGUCACACGCUAGCUUUACUGUGCAAGGACGUGACGAUUGUGGUCGCCUUCGAUACUCGGGAAAGGCUGUUGCAAUGGCAGGUGAAAAUGACAUCGACGCUUGGUCAAGAGCAACAGUUCCUCGUUCAGGUGCUGCAGGUUCCGCCUCGCUCCAGGGUGUCGGCGGGCCCUGCAAGAUUCCACGUAAGGGACCACCGCUUUUGCCUCACCACAGGCACGCCUCCUCGUCUCCUCGCCGCCUGGAGCACCCAAGACCUCAGGCGGUAUGGCGUGGUUGACGGGCGUGUCGUGUGGGAAGGCGGGACGCGGUGUGGGCGGUGGACAGGCGUGCAUGUGGCACUCUCCGACGCUCCCCAUGCAGUCACCCACGCCAUCGACCAGGCAGCUAGAGGACUCAUUGCUAAGCCCCGGAAUAGACCCACGCCCAGCACAGGAUCACGUGCUGAGAGUAGGACCGAGAUGUCUUGGCUUAGGGAGGUGAGUGUCAUGGACCUCAGUAGCGAGACAGUGUCGCUGGCAGCGUCUGAAGCCACGGCGACGGCGACGACGCCUCGAGACACUCUCCCAGACCACGGCGACGGCCACUAUACCGACACUCACUCCAUCGCCUGGCCACCGUGGAGUCGCCGCGCCUCGUGUCAGAGUCAGUCAGUGCCGGGAUGCACACCCGUUAGUAGUUCCGGCCAACUGCUGAGCACCCACGACGGGGACGAGAGCGCCUGGUGGGCGUCCACAUGGGCGCGGGGGUCGUGGGAGGGAAUGACCGCCCCGUCACCCACUCCGGAGUCCCUCUACGACCACCCGCGCCCCCUGGCCCACAUGCACCCUCCUGGAUUACAGCAGUGCUGCCUCACUCAGCACCCACACCUCGCCGCCACACAGCUGGGGCAGCAGCAGCAAGAAGUCGGCGGCACCGCAACCCCACGUGGUGCACUUAACCCUCUGGACAACUACGACGUCCCGCCGCGGAUAUUGUCAUCGCACGUCGCUGCCACGGCUCACUAUGACACGCCGCGACGCCUGGUCAUGUGCGACAAGGGCACCACGCUAGUGAAAGAACCUACGGCAUCCACAGCAGACGGAGGCGAAGGUGCUGCCCCAUCAGGUGUAUGGUGCGAGGGUGGUCUGGUGUCUGCCGCACCCAGCUGCGGGCAGAUGCUAGGAUGGGCGGGUUCGCUGGUGUGCGGGCGGCGCGAGGAGGGUGAGGCUCCAUGCGAGCAGCUGCGGGUGGACGGCCACGGCCGCAUGCCGGUGGUAGACGCUAAUACUGGCACCAUUCUUCGCCACCCACCGCAGCCACCCACGCCACCCAACCAGACGCAGCCCCCCGCCUCCCAGACGCAUCCUCAGUCCAAAGACGCCGCCGCACUGUACGCGGUGGUCAACAAACGAAAGAAGACCGGCAAGCCCCGCGCGCCCACCCCGCCUCCCACCCCACCACCCACACCCCCACCGCGCCACCCACAGGUCGUCACUUCCUCACAUGGCAAUUACGCCAACAUGGACUUCGCGGCGAGCCUCGUGCUGUACGAGAAUGUGCGUGACGUGCGGACGGCGGUAACAAGCCAGACGGGCACCACCGUGCUGGCCCAGACCUGCGCAGGUCAGGCGGGCGGCCUUCCCAAGGGUGCCGUCCCUCCCGAGCCCAUGGUGGUCUCCGCAGCUACGCGCCACACGCCGACCUCGCCCAGCGCUGGGGAGUGUACUCUCACGCUUGAGGUGUCUGGCAGCGACAGUGAGAACCACUACAUGUCCAUGACGCCGCGUCUCCCCUCAGACCCCCACUACCUCCCCAUGGGCCCAACGCGCCCCGCCGCUGAGCUCGUGCCCUGCGAGACCCUCAGCGACGAGCCGGAGGUCAAGACGCCCGUCAAGGACCGCAGUCGGUCUUUGAGCAUAACAGAGAACCGGUAUGGGCGCUCCCAGUCCGUGGCCGCCAGUCACCGCUGCCUCACCCUGGCGCCGCGACGCUCUACUUCCGCAGACUCUCGGCCUCGCGAGGCGUGGCCAUCCCCUGCCACCACGCCCACUGCCACGCCCACGCACCGCCAGACAGUGACCUCAUCGCUGCGGAGACGAAACAACAGACUCAAUUCGGAGGCGGCGACGGACAGCGGGUGCGACCUGCGCCACGACAGUGUGGACGCAGACGGGUCUUCGGUGACACCCGACCAGAGCGUGUGUACCGACGUGGAGGUCAGCCCACGGCCUGAGGUCAUCACCAGCGCAGCGCGGGAACUGGUAGCGGAGGGAGUGUGUGUCCUGCGCCGCUCCUCCUCAGUGCCCGGCAAGACGGCCAACAGAGACUCCGCCUCCAGCAGCGACUCCGGCGUUUGCGAAUCCCCGAGAGCUGUGGACCGCCUGCUCACCUCACACUGCCUCCACGCCUCCCUGCCCCGCUCUCGCCGCCCUCAUCUUCCCACCACCACCGCCGCCACCUCCACGCACUCAGGUGUCGCAGCGUCCUGCCAGGAGCUGGGCGGGGCGGGCGGCAGCGCGGGCGGCAGCAGUAGUGGCAGCGGGGACGCCAAAUCCACCUCAUCUGGGGCGUCGGACAUGAGUGACUAUCUGGACACCCUUAGCCUGUCCUCCUCCCACUCUUCCUCCGACCACGACAGGCUGCUGGCGAGGUCUUCCGUGAACACACUUCGGCCACGAUCAGGGCGGGAGUACACGAGGCUGGACCGUCAUGGCCUCUGCACUGAGAAUAAGACGCUGCCGGUAUUGGGAGAGGCGCCGCCGCACUAGAGGCUCGGCUCUUCCCAAGGUGCUCAUCAGGGGGACGAUGCCCUGCCCUCGGAGGACGCGAGACGUGGUGUCUGCCGUUCACCAUCGCCUCCCUGUUUCUCCUCAGCUCUUCCGCCUUCAGGAACCUGAGAGAGGGUCAUCCAAGACUUGGUUUCUCAUUCCGUUAUACAUAUAUGCAUAUUAUAUAUAUACAUACGUACAUAUAUACACACAAAUAUACGUUUGUCUCUUUACCUGGGGUGCUUUCGUUAGUUUUCCGUUUGUAUUAUUAUUUCCAUCGGUUUUAUCUCCUUGUUUAUAGUUUCCUUGUUUUAAUGUACAAAGCUUUGUGAUAUGUUACUCGUGUGUCUAGAGGAUGGAGGGCAGCACCUGAGGGCGGGGCUGGAGCUUCUAGUCAGUGGGUAGGCGAGGGGCGGCUCAGGUGUCGUCCCGCCCAGCCCGCCCAGGUGCUCCUCGAGGUGCCCAUAGCAUAGUUGUGUCGGGGCGGGGCGCGGGGGGAGCAGGGGCGUCACGUGUGUGUGUGUGUGUGUGUGUGUGUGUGUGUGUGUGUGUGUGUGUGUGUGUGUGUGUGUUAUAGUGUACAUAUGUUGGUGGUGUGUUUGCGUGUACAUGUGUAUGUAUAUAUGCGUUUUGUGGUGACUGACCGCUGGCUACAUGUGUGGCCGCCCACCCAGCAGGUGUAAAAUUAAUUAAGGUGACAACGAACAAUCAACGAGCAGGAACCGGUGAGAGAGAGAGAGAGAGAGAGAGAGAGAGAGAGAGAGAGAGAGAGAGAGAGAGAGAGAUUAACCACACACCCCCAAAAAGACCCUCGCCCCAAUGGUUCGCGUCAAGUAAUAUAUAUUGAAUGAAGGCAGGCAGGCAGAUUUGUAUGUAUUUAAUAAAAUAUUUUUACAAAUUAA